ACACAUCCAGGCGGCAUCGUCUGCUGGCCGGUGCCUCGUUCGACGUUCAGUCACCCGCAGCUUCUGCCGUCAACAUUGGCACACUUCACCGCCGAGGAAGGCACUCACUUCUCCAGUACUUGUUUGUCAAGUGGACCAUAUCACAGUUUGGACUGGACACAAGCUAUGGAAUUGAUUGUGUGGGAUGGUGAAGCACGCUUUGGCUUGCCAUCUAUGGAUCUCAAGAGUCUCCAGAUGAUGGCUUAUAUCAAGUUUUCUGGUGCACCAGUCACUAUUAUAAAAUCAAGCAAUCCCUUCAGGUCUCCAACAGGACGACUACCUGUGUUUAAAUGUGCAGAUGGAGCUUUCUCAGACUUUAAUCAAGUUGCAACAUUCCUUCGAAAACAGAAUUUUAGCUGUGAUUAUGAACUCUCACCUAAGCAGUGUUCAGAAGUAGUAGCUUAUGAACAAUUACUUUUGGAAAAGUUAUAUCCAGCACUUGUGUACCUCUGGUGGGUUGAACCAAAGAGCUACUAUGAUGUGAUCCAUAAAUGGUAUUUCAGUUCAAUGCCAUUCCCUCACAAGCUGUGGUACCCCAGGAAGUACCAUCAAGGGUAUUGUGACCUCAUUAAUAGCAUGUUUGAUGAUCCUGAUGACAAUCAAUUGGUAGAAACAGAGUUACAUAAGCAAGCUCAAGAGUGUUUGACAAUGUUGUCAAAUCGCCUUGGUGACAGAGAAUACUUCUUUGGCCGUUCCCCUUCCACACUUGAUGCAGUUAUAUUUUCUUACUUGGCUUUGCUUCUUAAAGUGGACUUGAAAGUACCAGUUCUACAAAAUCAUAUCAAAGCAUGUCCAAACUUGUCACGGUAUGUCUCCAAGACCAUUCAGCGUUUCUUCCCAUCAGACUUGCGUGCUGAGGAACAAGCAAAAAGAAAGGCCCACAGGAGUACUGACAGCCGAGAUUCUCCACCGAAGGAUGAUGUUCCAAACAAAGGAAGAAACUUACUCUUGUCUGGCCUUGUAGCAUUCUCUGCUAUGUUUGGAUAUGCCAUAGCUGCAGGCCUAGUACAGGUUGACAUGGGUGAACCACCAACAGAUGAUUAUGAUUAUGAAUAUGAUGAUUACAAUGAUGGUGAAUCUGGUGGCAGCUAGACAUUAUGAGUGGUAUAUUAUAGUGAUAGUUUUUGUUGUCAUUAGUAUAAUUGGUACAUUCUGUACAUCAGUGAAGAUAACUUGGAAUAGGAUAAUAGCAGGAAAUUGUAAAUGCUCUCCUUAUCACCUUCACAGUGUUUAUUAUUACUAGAAAAUUAUCAGGGCUAUUUUUUUAUUAUUGUUUUUCUUAUAAUUCACCUGGUGAUGUAGUGGUUAGUAGGUUUGCCACACAUUCAAGCAGUUUCAAAUUCAAAUUCUGGUCUGGGUGAAGAAAAAAUGAGUUUGCCUUUCACUUAUCAGUGAAAAGGUAUAGGAUGGAACACAAGGAGUGUGAUCCUGCCUUUCUGACAAGUGUAAGGCUAGGAAUCCUACUCUCAUAUUUGUGUAUAUUGUAAGUGUAAAUGUGAACACUUCCUCGAAGACAGGAAAUUAUCGGAUCAUGAAGGAUAGAUAAGGUCAUGUAUAAUAUAUAUAUAUAU